AUGUAUGGUUUGAACCAUCUUCGUGAAAUAGACGUAUCAGAAAACUUCUGUGAACGUAUUGGCGAUUGUCUGAAAGGAUUUACAAGUCUAAAGAUAUUAAGAGCUAGUAGUAAUUACCUUGGGGACUUUUUACGAAAAGAUAAAACAGGACAGGCGUUUUCUUAUUCACCAACUCUGGAAUUUCUGGAUCUGUCUUUGAACAGAAUCCAGUCGUUGCCAGUAAAUGUGUUUAGAAACCUUGUCAAUCUAAAAACCUUGAACCUUAGUAAGAACAGUAUCAGUAAACUGGAAAUCAAGAUAAGUCACAUGACCAAUUUGAAAUUUUUAAACUUAAGUUCAAAUGAGAUUUCAUCUCUUGAUCACAUGUUUGUGUCUCAACUGGACCUUAUCAACAAGAGCUCUGGUUUGAAAGUCGAUCUGUCAGGCAAUCCUCUAAUCUGUUCCUGUGAUUCUUUAGAUUUUAUACAAUGGAUGACACAGAGAAAGGGUUUGUUUGUCAACCAACAUUUGUAUAAAUGUUCCCAAGAACCAGAAUGGUUGAACAACGAUGACGUGUUUGAGAUUCUCUUAAAACUGCCACAAAAGUGCACUUCUCAUUUUGGUUUAGCAAUGGGUCUGUUGGUUUCCGUGACAAGUUUCAUCUGCAUAUUAGUUGCAUCUAUCCUCUACAGGUAUCGAUGGAAGCUGAGAUACUUGUAUUACGUAGCCCGAAGACAUUAUCGAAACGUUAACCUGAUUCAUCAUGGGAAUGAUUAUGAAUAUAAUGCCUUUAUCUCCUAUGCUGAUGAGGACAGAGACUUUGCUCUGCACAUGUUCAUCCAGAAGCUUGAAAGAGAAGGCAAUCUUCGACUGUGUCUUCACCAUCGAGAUUUCAUUCCAGGUGAGCCAAUAGCUGCUAACAUCCUGUCAGCCAUCCAAAAGAGUCAAUUUGUUGUCAUUGUGUUGUCCCCUAAUUUCCUGGACAGUUACUGGUGCAGGUACGAGUUUGAGAUGGCCCGGAUGGAAGGACUAUACACAGAACGGAACAUGGUAGUCCUGGUGAAAUACAAGGAGGUCCUGCCCAACCUUGUACCCCGAGACUUAUUGUACAUGAUGCACACACAGACCUUCCUGGAGUACCCACAGGACUCAGUUGACCAGGACACGUUCUGGACUGCUCUCAAAGAUGCCAUUGAAGCACCUUGAGAAAAUAUAGGACAUGAUAUGAACCAAAGGGACGUGCUUUGCAAAAAUGAUCUUGACAUUCUCUAAGAAUUGUUUGAUCGGCAUGGAUGACAACCUUUUUCUUACUGUAUAGAGGGACCUUUCGCUGUAGAUUCUUAACCGUUAUCAAGCUUUUGGAUAUAUCAAAACGUUGCUACAAGCAAUAGACAAGACGUUGUCGUCCAUAAAGUUGUAUGCUUCAUUUUGAAGCUCUUUAAGUUAAAAAGGGAGAUCUUAACACUACUUCUAAUUAUCGAGGUAUAACGAUUUUGAGGUGUUUUUAGUAAAAUAUAUAUUUCAGUCUUGAAUGCUUGAUUAAAAUUUUUGUGUGAUGCCUAUGAAAAGGUUUCGGAAUGACAGGUCGGAUUUUGACAUUGUUAUUCAACUAUGGAUAAUAUCUUCAUUUUGCAGUCUGUUGUCGGUCGACUCUUAGAAAGUUAAAGUGUAUGUUCUAUUAUGGACUUUGCUAAGGCUUUCGAUUUUGUUAAUCGUUCUAAGCUGUGGACAGUUUUACAACACAAGAGAGUUUCGCCAAAAAUGUUAGGCUGUAUUAAAUCUAUCUAUGAAAGUGUAAAAUCGUGUGUUAAAUUUAAUAUUUUAGUUUCAAAUAAUGUGGGAGUGCGACAGGGAUGUGUCUUACGCCCCCUGCUAUAUUCGUUGUUCAUUAAUGAUCUUGCUGAUGGAGGGUGACAAAAACGAAUUAACAGGUUACCACAGUAUUGUCACCAAUAUAAUUUAACCGUAAAUUUAGAUAAAACUGAGGUGGUUGUCUUCAAAAACGGCGAAGUUCUUUCGAGGGGCGAAAAAUGGUAUUUUGAGGGCAAUCUCAUUGAACGUGUCUCAUCUUAUAGGAUUUUUAAGUGUGAUAUUUUCUUGGAAUUCAACUUUAUUAGCAGUUUAUUAGCUCAUCGUUGCAAUGUAGGAAAGCAGUAUUUCUUUUGUAAAAUGUCUUUCGAAACUUAGACCAUUACCACGUGAUGAUGUCUUCAAGCUUUUGAUAGUAAAGUUAUGUUAAUUUUGUUAUAUGGUUCUGAAAUAUAGGCUAGACUUUGAUUCUGAAUGUAAGAUUAACAGUGUUACUUAAGGGAGUUCAUGUUCAAGCAUGUAUAUAUUUUCUUGGUGUGAAAACGUCAACUUCAAACUAUGUCGUUCGUGGUGAGUGUGGGAGAUACCCGGUAUAUAUAUUUGCCUACAAGCGUUGUAUAAAGUAUUGGUAUAAACUGUUAUCCGUGCCAAACUCUCGCUUACCCAAGAAAUGUUAUAACAUGUUUAUGUUAGAAAUGGGUCAUGGUAAAUGUAACUGGGUUUCAAAAUGUGGCAUUUAAACUGGGAUUUGGCUAUGUUUGGGAUAACAAGUGCAUUAUAUUCAGUCGUUAUUAUCAGAAUUUAUGGAUAGAGCUAAAAUUUGUAUGUAUCAGCAAGUAUCUUUGUCAGAAGGUUCUAAAACAUAUAAUUAUUCUUUGUAUAAGUCUAACUUAUAUCAAAGAGCAUUAUAUUAAGCAUAUAACUAUUCAGAAAUUUCGUGUUUCUUAAGCUAAGUUUAGAUGUAGUUCUCAAGAAAUUAAAUUUGAAAUGGGUAGAUAUUCAAAUGUCCCAAGAAAAGAAAGAUUUUGUGAUGUUUGUAAAAUGAACUAUGUCGAAGAUAAGUACACUUCUUGUUUGUAUGCAAGGCGUAUGUCGAUUUACGUGAACAGUUUAUUCCAAGGAAAUACUAUGUAUUUCCCUACAUUAGCUAAAUUUAAUCUUUUAAUGUCCAGUGAUAACAAUGAUCUUAUUAGAAAGUUGGCUAUGUAUGUUGAGGGGUCUAAGCAAUUGAGGACAAAUAUGUUAAUGUAAGCAAUAUGUAUUGUGGCUGCUGUACAACUGCUGUGUCAUGGGCCGAUGGCCUACAUCUCUUGUUGAAUAAACCAAGAUUUACUUAGUAUGCUUUGAAAACGCA